AAUUCAGUCAAUCGUUACAAUCGAAUGAAAAUUGAUCACAAGUCGCGAGCAACAUUAAAUUUUUUUCUUUUUUCGGUGAUAUUAAAAUAAUAUAAUUUUGUGUGUUAAAAUGAAUCGUUUAACAAUCAGAUCAACCUCUUCACACCUUUUGUGUGUUAAAAAACUCAGUGAAAACUAUUUUAAAGGCAGUGCAAAAUACUUUGCAACUGCACAUGAUGUUUUAUAUCCUACAAAAUCGGAUUUUCCUAGUCGUCAUAUUGGACCACGUAAAACGGAUGUUGUUGCCAUGCUUGAUACCUUAGGUUAUAAGUCACUCAAUGAACUCACGGAAAAAGCAGUACCAAAGAAGAUUCAACUUAACAGAGACUUAAAUCUCGACAAACCAUUAAGUGAGCACGAAUUGAUUGAGAGAAUCCGGUCAAUUGCAAAUAAGAAUGAAAUUUGGAGAUCAUACAUUGGUAUGGGUUAUCACAACUGCUAUGUGCCACACACCAUACAGCGAAAUAUAUUUGAAAACCCAGGAUGGACAACACAAUAUACUCCAUAUCAACCAGAAAUUGCCCAAGGACGUCUUGAAUCUCUACUUAAUUACCAGACACUAGUUUCAGAAAUGACUGGACUUGAUGUUGCAAAUGCAUCGCUGCUCGAUGAAGGAACUGCAGCAGCUGAAGCUAUGUGUUUAUGUGCUAGACACAAUAAACGCAACAAAUUAUACCUUUCGAACAAGGUACAUCCCCAAACUAUUUCUGUUGUUCAAACUCGUGCAUCAGCCUUAGAACUUGAUAUUGAAGUUGGACCAAUUCAAAAUGCCGAUUUAAAGAGUCGUGAGUUUGCAGGAAUUCUCCUACAAUAUCCCGAUACCUAUGGAGAUGUCAAUGAUUUCGAAAGUAUCUCAGAACUUGCUCGGAAAAAUGGAACUCUAACAGUGGUAGCAACUGAUCUCUUAGCAUUAACUCUGCUUAGACCCCCAGCAGAAUUUGGAGCUGAUAUAGCUAUUGGAACAUCCCAACGUUUGGGUGUUCCACUUGGAUACGGAGGUCCCCAUGCAGGAUUUUUUGCCUGCAAGCAAAGUCUGGUGCGACUUAUGCCAGGACGAAUGAUUGGUGUCACAAGGGACGCAGAUGGUCAUGAUGCUUACAGAUUAGCUCUUCAAACUCGCGAGCAACAUAUAAGACGUGACAAGGCCACCAGUAACAUCUGUACCGCUCAAGCUUUGCUGGCGAAUAUGUCUGCAAUGUUUGCCGUUUAUCACGGACCACAUGGGCUCAAAGAAAUAGCCAAACGUAUCCAUCACUCAGCACUCACUCUUUAUGCUGGUCUAAUAAACGCUGGACACUCUGUUAGUAACCAGCGUUUCUUUGACACCCUUCAUAUUGUUCCUUCCGAUUCAAUGACAAUUGAAGAAAUUCGUUCGCGUGCCGAAAAGAAGAAAGUAAACUUCAGGUAUUUCCCCGAUGGUGCAAUAGGUGUUGCUCUUGAUGAAACUGUCUCCCCCAGUGAUAUUUCGGAUCUCUUAUGGAUUUUCGGAUGCAAACCUAUUGAAGAAGUUCUCGCGGAAACAGAUAUUACAAAGAAUUCAAUUGAGAAUACGAAAUUUUUGAGAACAUCAGCUUAUUUGACCCAUCCUAUAUUUAGCACUCAUCACAGUGAGUCAAGAAUGGUUCGAUAUAUGAAAAAGUUGGAGAAUAAGGAUAUUUCCUUGGUGCAUUCUAUGAUUCCCCUGGGAUCUUGCACGAUGAAGCUGAACUCUACAACUGAAAUGAUGCCAUGUUCGUUCCAUCAUUUCACAGACAUUCAUCCGUUUGCACCCGUUGAGCAAGCUCAGGGCUACCAUCAAAUGUUUCAGGAACUUGAAAAAGACCUCUGUGAGAUAACUGGUUAUGAUAAAAUAUCAUUCCAGCCAAAUAGUGGCGCCCAAGGCGAGUAUGCUGGUUUACGUGCUAUUAGAUCUUACCACGAGCAUCGAAAUGAGAGUCACCGAAAUAUAUGCUUGAUCCCAAUUAGUGCUCACGGAACAAAUCCUGCAUCGGCACAAAUGGCUGGCAUGAAGGUGGAACCAAUUCGUCUAAAGUCAGACGGAAGUAUAGAUAUGGCUCACUUGAAGGACAAAGUGUCCGAACACGAACGUGAUCUUUCUUGCUUGAUGAUAACCUAUCCCUCGACAAUGGGAGUGUUUGAGGAGACUGUUGCUGACAUUUGUGAUAUGAUUCAUGCUCAUGGUGGACAGGUGUACCUUGACGGAGCUAAUAUGAAUGCUCAAGUCGGUCUGUGUCGUCCUGGAGACUAUGGAAGUGAUGUGUCUCAUUUGAAUUUGCAUAAGACAUUUUGUAUUCCACACGGUGGAGGUGGUCCAGGAAUGGGUCCAAUUGGGGUGAAGUCUCAUUUGGCUCCUUACCUGCCUGGUCAUCCGGUUAUAAGUCCUCUAGAAUGCGAAGCUAACAGUUUUGGGGUCGUAAGUGCGGCGCCAUUUGGUAGUUCUGCAAUUCUGCCAAUAUCAUGGUCAUACAUCAAACUGAUGGGAAGUCGAGGUUUAAAACGAGCAACACAGGUUGCCAUCCUAAAUGCCAAUUAUAUGUCCAAACGUCUCGAAGGGGAAUAUAAGACAUUGUUCAAAGAUCCCAAAAAUGGUCUAGUAGCUCAUGAAUUCAUCUUAGAUGUUCGGGAUUUCAAGAAAACUGCUAAUAUUGAAGCAGUGGAUAUUGCCAAACGAUUGAUGGAUUAUGGAUUUCAUGCUCCGACAAUGUCAUGGCCUGUCGGAGGCACUCUUAUGAUAGAACCAACUGAAUCUGAAGACAAACAAGAAUUGGAUAGAUUUUGUGAAGCAAUGAUAUCUAUUCGAGAUGAAAUUAGAGAAAUCGAAGAAGGUCGAAUGGACAAGAGUGUUAAUCCAUUGAAGAUGUCACCACACACGCAGGCGCAAGUUGUUUCGGACAAUUGGAAUAGACCAUAUAGUAGGGAAUUGGCUGCUUUUCCAGCGCCUUUUGUGAAAUCUGAAUCAAAAAUGUGGCCAACAGUUGGACGAAUUGAUGAUGCAUAUGGUGAUAAGCAUUUGGUGUGUACGUGUCCGCCUAUUCUACCAGAAUUUUAAUUUGUAAAAUAUUUUUUUCAGUUAAAAUAGUUUUAAUAAAUGUUCAUAUAACUAUGAUUUGUAAAUAAAAUAAGAAUCUCUAUAAAA